GGAGUGUAUCUGGGCCAGACUCAAACUUUUUUUUUUGGGGGGGGGCCGGGGAGCAUAUAUAUGAGUGAUGAGAAGCAAGCUGAAGACACCUCCUCUGCCAUCACCUCUGCUCCUCCGCGUCCCUGCUCUCCUCAACAACUACAGCGUCAGCUCUGCCAGCCCUGAAAAGAAAUGGAUCAAUGUACCACCAGUGAAAUUGCUCUAUUUAAUGCCGCCAAAAUCUUCAACGAGUAUGCAGCAAAGGAAGGAGACAGUGAACAUUUGAGCAAAAAUGAGCUGAAGAGCCUGUUAAAGAAAGAGUUCCCCAACCUUAUGCAGUGCAGCAAUGACCCAGCAGCAAUUGACCAGAUUAUGGAGACCCUGGACCAGAACCAGGACAAGAAGGUGGACUUCAUGGAGUACAGCCUUAUGCUCAUUACAAUGACUCAGGUCUGCAAACUGGUGAUGGACAGCUGCCAGAAACCCAAUAAAUGAACUUUUCAAGUUGGAUCAAAUAAAGGUUUUCUGGACAACAUAAUUGUUCAUCAUGUGGUUUUACGUGUGCAGGUUUAAGCUGUUACUUGAUGACAGCACCUUACAAUGUUGCUAAAAGAGGAACCGAUGAACCCAUUCCUUUUCUGUUUGAUUCGUUUUUCCUUUUGUCCAAAAUGCUUGGUCUCAAUAAAGAUUCGACCCUG